AUGCCACAAACCAGCACAGUUCAUGGCUUGACUUGGCUUGCUGCUAUGAGCAGUUGUCUGUUCUUAUCUACAUUAUUUGUGGGCUCGUUCUAUCUAUUUCCUGGAGCUAUUUCCAGAUCUCGUAAUGACCCCGAUGUGAUCCGACAGCGAUUUAAGGCGGUUGCAUUGACCUGUGCAAUUGGGUUUGUUCUUGUAGUAGGUCUGCUUGCUUCUGCAAGGAAACCUAUUGAGCAUGUAGAUCCAAUUAGACACACUCUUUAUAGCAUUUGGCUAGAGGUCUGGAACACAUUCAAGUAUGUUGGCAUCGUUUCUCAUUCACCCAUCUCAUCUAUUGCAGUAUCUCUUGGUAUUUGUGGAGCACUGUUCCUUGGCCCACUCGUAUUGGAUCACAUGGAAAUAUACAUCCAGAUGCAGCAGGCACUUGACAGUCCUGACAAAAACUUGAUUACUAUUCGUAAUUGGGUAGUGGGUCCGAUUGUUGAAGAAAUUGUGUUUCGUGGCUACAUGGUUCCUAUUAUGCUUGCUGGGGGAUUCAGUGCUAGACAGACAAUCUGGUGUUUGCCCCUGUUUUUUGGUAUUGCUCAUCUGCACCACGCAUGGGAAGUCAUCCGUGAUGGUGGUUAUACUCGUCGAUCCAUCAUACACGCAGCUACUAGUUCAAUCUUUCAACUGAUGUAUACUAUGGUUUUUGGAUGGCUUGCAACGUACCUGUUUAUUCGAACAGGAUCGUUGUAUGGGCCCAUUGCCACUCAUAUUUUCUGUAACAUUGUGGGAUUUCCAAACUUAGAUUCUCUUGUAUCUGGCCCUUUAAAAUCCCAAGUUCUUGCAUGGGGAUUAUACAUAUCUGGCAUACUUGUAUUCUACACAGUCUUGACGCCUAUUGAUGGGUGUGAAUAUUUGAAAUUAUACUUUAACUGA